AUGAUGGGAAAUUCAGAAGUUACUUUUUCUAAAAUUGACAGUUUGGAUAACGAAACUGUAUUUUUAGUAAAAAUUGGAGACAAAUCUUACAAUUUAAUCGGGUUAAAAGAACUUCUACUUAGAAAAAAAUCUGAUAAAAAUUUAGUAUCAAGCGCUGAUAAACUCGUGUACAAAGAUAUUCUACACCAUACCAACGCUCAUGAGAGAGAUUUUAACCCUAGAGGUCAAAUAAGAGAAAAGCGUGGAGGUAAUUUACCUAAGCUUAAGAAAUAUAAAAUCAACACUGAUAUUGUAUAUUGGGACGAUCCAAAUGAAUUAGUUGAUAGAUUAAAACAUUUAAUAGCUUCAAGAGAUGCGGGCAAUACAAAUCAUGAUAAUGAAAUGUUAUCGAUCAUUGAAGAAUUAAAAGAAGCUAACAUUAUAAAGGAAUAA